AUGUCUUCCAAAGUUAGCACAAAGAAGGAGCAGGAGCCGCCGUCUCUGACUAGGUCACUUCCAGAUGACAUGAUCGUUGAUAUCGUAGCACGUGUACCGAGAAGAUAUUAUCCCACUAGUAUCUCUCUGGUUUCCAAGAGUUUCCGAGAUCUAGUUGCGUCGCCUGAGCUAUACAAGAGAAGAUCCUUGUUAGGCUGCACCGAACAUUGUCUCUAUGCUGUCCUCCAUAACCAGAACACCCGUGAUUACCGUUUGUAUAUUCUCAACAGCAAUAAUCGCUUGGUCCUUAUACGGCCAGUUCCUCUUAUUAUGCCUUACGAGGCAAAAUGCGUGGCCGUGAAGUCGAAGAUAUAUGUGAUUGGUGGAUCUUUAUGUGAGGUUACACGGUGCAUCGAUUGUAUAUCUCACAAGGUGCAGACCAUCUCCAACAUGCCUAAGCCCAUGUUUCAUGCAGUUGCUACCAGCAUCGACCGAAAUAUUUACGUAAUUGGACGUUGCUUUUGUGAUUCUAACCAUCUUAGUGGGAGAGAAUGGCCAAAGAAAGUCACGGUGUUGGAUACAGAAACUCAAAUGUGGGAGCCUGAGCUUACAAAGCCAGACAUUAAAGUAAAAGAGUUGAGCCCUGAUGUUGUGGUGGUGAUGGAGGAUAAGAUUUACAUGAGAGGCGUUGAGAAUAGCUUUGUUUGUAGGCCAAAGGAAAGUAAAUGGGAAGUGGACGAGAUGCUGAAUUCUAAGAUAUGGGAUGAUGCGUGUGCUGUUGAGGGUGUGUUGUACUAUCAUGAUAGGGACGAGAAUAAGUUGAGAGCGUAUGAUCCAAAGCAGAGGUGUUGGAGUGUGGUGCAAGGUUUGGAAGAAUUGUUGUCUAGGAUGGCCCGUAUAUCGUAUACCAAUACGGCUAGUUACGGUGGAAAAUUGGCAAUCUUCUUUCAUAUAAAGACAGAGAUUUGGUGUGCGGAGAUUGCUUUGGAAAGACGGCAAGGAGUAGAGAUUUGGGGUAAGAUGCAAUGGUGUGAUGUUGUGAUUGAUGAUGAGAUGGUUUACAUGAAUCAUUGUUUAGCUGUUACGAUUUGA